AUGGAAUUCCAGGCCCUUCUCUUCCAGUGCAUGCCCACCCCCAACCUGGCAGAGCUGAUGGACUCGGGCGCUGAGGAGGAGAAGGCCGGGGCGGCUGCUGUCAAGAAGCCGUCUCCCUCUAAGGCCCGCAAGAAGAAGUUGAACAAGAAGGGCCGGAAGAUGGCAGGCCGCAAGCGCGGGCGCCCCAAGAAGAUGAGCGCCGCCAACCCCGAGCGCAAGCCCAAGAAGGCCCAGGGGGCCCUGGACCUGCUGCACGCCCAGGCCGUGUCGCGGGCGGCGUCGCCCUCGCCGCAGGAUGCACACAGGCCACCUCACAGCCCGUUCUACCAGCUACCUCCCAGCGUGCAGCGGCACCCUCCCGAGCAGCUGCUGCUGGCACCCACCCCACCCGCACUGCAGAAGCUGCUAGAAUCCUUCAAGAUUCAGUACUUGCAGUUCCUGGCCUACACAAAGACUCCUCAGUACAAGGCCAACCUGCAGCAGCUGCUGGACCAGGAGAAGGAGAAGAAUGCCCGGCUGCUGGGUGCUGCGCAGCAGCUGUUCGGCCACUGCCAGGCUCAGAAGGAGGAGAUCAAGAGGCUCUUCCAGCAGAAACUGGACGAGGUAGGGAUCCCGCUGCCCUGGGCCGCACCCCUCUGCUGGGCAGGCACCCCAGGGGCUCAUCCCGCCCUCCCCCGGCCGCGUAGCCUCGGGUUGGGCAGCCUCACCGGGGCUCACGACCACAACGCCCCGUCCCCACAGCUCAAGGCUCGGUGCGAGGAGCUAAAGCUGGACUGGGCCACGUUGUCCCUGGAGAAGCUGCUGAAGGAGAAGCAGGCCCUGAGGAGCCAGAUCUCAGAGAAGCAGAGGCGCUGCCUGGAGCUGCAGAUCAGCAUCGUGGAGCUGGAGAAGAGCCAGCGGCAGCAGGAGCUCCUGCAGCUCAAGUCCUGCGUGCCGCCCGACGAUGCUCUGUCCGGGCAGCUGCGUGGGAAGGGCGCCCUGGGCCGGGAGCUGGAGGCCGAGCCCAGCCGGCUGCACCUGGAGCUGGACUGCGCCAAGCUCUCCCUGCCGCACUUGAGCCGCGUGAGCCCAGAGCUCUCCGUGAAUGGCCACGCAGCCGGCUACGAGCCGUGCAGUGCGCUUAGCCGGCCCUCGACCAAGCAGGAUGCCCCCCAGUGCCUGGCAUGCCCCCUGGACCGGGAGGUGGUGCCCUGCGCCCCUGGCCACGGCGGCCGGCCGAGGCUAGAGAAGCUGCCCGGCCUGGCGCUGCCCGACUACGCCCGGCUCUCCCCCGCCAAGCUGGUGCUGAGACGCCACCUGAGCCAGGACCAUGCGGCCAGCGGCAAGGUGGCCACUGGCGAGCCGCACCCGCGGGCUGAGCACGCCAGGGAGAACGGCCUCCCGUACCAGAGCCCUGGCCUCGCCAACGGCAUCAAGCUGAGCCCCCAGGACCCUCGGCCCCCCUCCCCCGUGGCCUUACAGAUGGCAGGGGAGAAGGGCAGUGAGAAGGGACUGAAGGAACGUGCCCACGGCAGCAGCGGGGAGGCCAUCACCAGCCUUCCCGUCAGCAUCCCGCUCAGCACGGUGCAGCCUAGCAAACUGCCCGUCAGCAUCCCCCUGGCCAGCGUGGUGCUGCCCAGCCGCGCCGAGAAGGCGAGAAGCACCCCCAGCCCUGUGCCGCAGGCCCGGGAGGCCUCGUCCACGCUGGAAAAGCAGAUGACUGCUAACGCCCACAGCACCGGGGGCAGCACUGCUGGGAGCAAAAGCCUCGCCCUGGCCCCUGCAGGCUUUGCAUACACCGGCUCGGUGGCCAUCAGUGGGGCCCUGGCAGGCAGCCCGCCCCUCGCCCCUGGAGUUGAGCCCCCCGCCUUGGACGAGUCUUCUAGCUCCGGAAGCCUAUUUGCGGCCAUGGGGUCCCGCAGCUCCACCCCGCAGCACCCCCCCUUGCUGGCGCAGCCCCGCAGCUGCGGCUCGGCCUCGCCUGCCCCCCAGCUCUGCACCAGCCCCCGGCUCGGCCCCACCCAGGGCCCACUCCCCGACAGCAAAGGGGACCUCCCCUCCGAGGCUGGCUUCUCGGACCCCGAGAGCGAAGCCAAGAGGAGGAUCGUCUUCACCAUCUCGGCUGGUGCCAGCAGCUCCAAGCAGUCGCCUUCCAGCAAGCACAGCCCUCUGCCCUCAGGCACCCGCGGGGACGGCGGCCAGAGCCACGGGCAGGACAGCCGCAAGCGGGGCAGGAGGAAGCGGGCCUCGGCAGGGACCCCCAGCCUGAGUGCAGGCGUGUCCCCGAAGCGCCGGGCCCUGCCGUCCGUUGCUGGCCUCUUCACCCAGUCUUCGGGGUCCCCCCUGAACCUCAACUCCAUGGUCAACAACAUUAACCAGCCUUUGGAGAUUACGGCCAUCUCGUCCCCCGAGAGCUCCCUGAAGAGCUCCCCAGUCCCUUACCAGGACAAUGACCAGCCGCCGGUGCUCAAGAAGGAGAAGCCCCUGAGUCAGACCAAUGGUGCCCACUACUCCCCACUGACCUCGGACGAGGAGCAGGGCUCCGAGGACGAGCCCGGCAGCGCCAGGAGUGGGGCUGCUGCGUUACACGGGGAGUCUAUGUUGACCUUCACGAGGAGCCACAGGCUGCUUCCCACUGCAGCUGCCCCCUAUGCCAGCGGAGCCCCAGGGGCAGCUUCUCCACAUCCUCCCAGCGUUUGUUAUUUCCUGGGUUUCUUUUUUGCAUUUCUUUAAACUUCAUUUAUGUAUGUAUUUUGUAGCAUCGUAUUUUUUAAGUUGAAG